CAGUUGUUGAUGACACCCGACGCUGCGGAAUCCGGCACCAGCGCGUGCUCCUUCCUGCCGGCUUUAUUUUGGUGAGGCCAAAAACCUCCCCACGUGCCCGGGGCCCAGCAAGAUGCGGGGCUGCUACUGCACCGUGAACCUGGACCAGGAGGAGGUGUUCCGGACCCAGACGGUGGAGAAGUCCCUCUGGGGCCUGCCGCUCACCGAGCUCUGCCCCCGCCCCGCGUCCUCAGGGAAGGUGGCCAUCCAGAAGGAAGACCUGCAGAAGUACCACAACAGGGACACCUGGUUCCAGCUGCAGCACGUGGAUGCCGACUCCGAGGUGCAGGGCAAGGUCCACCUGGAGCUGCGGCUGAGCGAGGUCAUCACCGACUCGGGAGCCGUGUGCCACAAGCUGGCCGUGCGCAUCUUCGAGUGCCAGGGCCUCCCCAUUGUGAACGGGCAGUGCGACCCCUACGCCACCGUGACGCUGGCCGGACCAUACAGGUCGGAAGCCAAGAAGACGAAGGUGAAGAAGAAGACCAACAACCCCCACUUCGACGAGGUGUUUUACUUUGAGGUGACCCGACCCUGCAGCUACAGUCGGAAGUCCCACUUCGACUGUGAGGAGGAGGACGUGGACAAGCUUGAAAUCCGAGUGGACCUGUGGAACGCCAGUAACCUGAAAUUUGGAGACGAGUUUCUGGGAGAACUGCGGGUCCCGCUGAAGGUGCUGGGGCAGUCCAGCUCCUACGAGGCCUGGUACUUCCUCCAGCCCCGAGACAGCGGCGGCAAGAACCUGAAGCCUGGGGACCUGGGGUCUCUGCGCCUCAACGUGGUGUACACGGAGGACCACGUCUUCACCUCGGACUACUACAGGGGCCUGCGGGGCCUGCUGCUGAAGUCCGCGGACGUGGAGCCCGUGUCGGCGUCCGCGGCCCACGUCCUGGGGGAGGUCUGCAAGGAGAAGCAGGAGGCGGCCGUCCCGCUGGUGCGGCUCUUCCUCCACUACGGCCGGGUGGUGCCCUUCAUCAGCGCCAUCGCCAACGCCGAGGUCCGGCGCACCCAGGACCCCAACACCAUCUUCCGUGGGAACUCGCUGACCUCCAAGUGCAUCGACGAGACCAUGAAGCUGGCGGGGAUGCAGUAUCUGCACCUCACGCUCAAGGCCGCCAUAGAGGAGGUCAUCCACAGCCACAAGUCCUGUGAGAUCGACCCGGUGAAGCUGAAGGACGGCGAGAACCUGGAGAGCAACAUGGGCCCCCUGCCCUCCCAGGACCCCCAGGUGUCCAGGACGCUGACCCUGAUCUCCAAGACCAUCCAGACGCUGGGCAGCCUCUCCAAAUCCAAGUCUGCCAGCUUUAAGGAGUCCUACAUGGCCGCCUUCUACGAGUUCUUCAACGAGCAGCAGUAUGCCGACGCAGUGAAAGACUUCUUGGACCUGAUCUCGUCGUCCGGGCGAAGAGACCCCAAGAGCGUGGAGCAGCCCAUCCUGCUCAAGGAGGGGUUCAUGAUCAAGAGGGCACAGGGCCGAAAACGCUUCGGGAUGAAGAACUUUAAGAAGAGAUGGUUCCGCCUGACAAACCACGAGUUCACCUACCACAAAAGCAAAGGUCCGGAGACCUUGGCCAUUUGCUGUGUCCACCCUUGCCCUGGGCCAGCACCUUCCUCAGCCGCUGCCCCCCGCAGGGAGCACCCCAUCGGAGACAAGAGCUUCCAGAGCUACAUCAGCCAGCAGUCGGAGGAGUCCACACACUCCAUCUAGCCACAGGGCCGCUGCCGGGCGCCAGAGGCCAGGCGUCCGCUCCUGCCCCAGGGUGCCUCUGCCCUCGCUGCCCUGCAGGCCGCCCCGGGCCGCCACACGUCCUCUCACGCUCGCUUCCGCUCAGCCUACCGAGCGUCUCUUUCUCCUGGACCCUGCUCCGGUGGGCCUGGCCCCAGCCUGGCCCAGCUGCACUGACCGCCCUGUCCCUGGCCGCCAGAUCAGCCUCACGGCAGGGUUCAUGGUGACCCCAGCCCUGGGGUGCACGUACCCCACGGCCAGAGUCCUCGAGUGCCCCGGCAGCCUGCCGGGGCAGGGCCAGCCGCUGAGCGCCCAGUCCAGCCGGGGCAUCUCGGUCUGACCUGCCGUCAGCGGGACAGGUCAGGCGCCCACGCCCGUCAGCCACAGGGACGCUGCCCAAGAGCCUCACGUAGGCCGGCGCAGCGGUUCCGAGCCGUUUCUUAAUGUUUUUAAAGGUCCGUUUUUACUUCGCUUUGAUAUGUGGUGACUGAGGACACAGCCCCGCCCAGGGGAGGGGCCGGCAGCCAGGGUGGCCGCCGGGGUAGGCGUGGGCGGCCGUGUCCUCCGAGCGGGUGCAGGCGUGGGCGGCUCCCGGCAGCAGCCCGGCCGGCCUGGCCCUUCGUUUCCGCGUGGAGCACUUGGCUCGGACGCUCCACCUGGACGACCUCAGUAUUGUUUCUUAUCGCAAAGAACGUGGGGAAAAUGUUGCGCGACACGGAGCCCCCGACACCCCGCCCAGACCACGCCACUGCCUCGCCCACGAAGGUGUUGCGCCCGCCGGCCACCAAUGCCAGGGCGCAUUUUACUAGCAAUUAAAGCAGAUGUUUUAUUCUUCCCGAGGCCCGGCUGCUUCUCCAGGAGCAGGUGGCGGGAGGCCGGGCUGGGACCUUUGCGAUAGCAGGUGACGGCCCAGAGGGUGGGCGAGGAGCCCCAGGGCUGCUGAGAGACCCUGAGACGCGUCCCCAAGGUGGGUGAGGUUCUCCUGAUGCAGGCGGGGUCCCCGUGACGGGGGCCCCCCAUAGAGGGUGAGGACCGGAGAUGUGGGCGCCUGUGACCGUGAGGACCCCUGACGGGGGUC